AUGACUAACGAAAUAUCACCACAGUGUACUGCUCUCUCCCGAGUUGGCCUCCGCAACAAGGUCGUCACCCAAAGCCAGGCACUCUACGAUGCUCGGAUGGACUCUUACUGGUCCGUCAGCGCCGCUCUUCGGCCUGACUGCAUCGCCCUGCCCGAGACGGCCGAGGAUGUCUCCAAGAUCAUGAAGGUCAUCACCCAGCACAAGUGCAAUUUUGGCAUUAGGGGUGGUGGCCACGGCAACUUUGCCCUCUCCAACUCGAUAGAGGAUGGUAUUACCAUUGACUUUGAAGGUUACAUGAACGGCACCGAGUAUGAUGCUGAAAAGAACCUCGCCCGUGUUCAGCCUGGUGGUCACUGGCAAGACGUUUAUGAUACUCUUGCCCCUCACGGCCUCGUCGUCGCUGGUGGACGCGCUGGUACCGUCGGUGUUGGUGGCUUCGUUACUGGUGGUGGUAACUCGUUCCACUCUGCUUCUCAUGGUAUGUCUUGCGACACUGUUGCUGGCUGGCAGCUUGUUCUGGCCAACGGCGAAAUCGUCGAGGCCAAUGCCAACGAGAACGCCGACCUCUGGCAGGCCAUGAAGGGUGGCACCGGUAACUUCGGUCUCAUCACCCGUAUCGACAUGAUCCCCAUCGAGUUUGAGGACCGCAGCAACCCCGUCAUUUGGGGCGGCAACCUACUCUACACCCCCGAGGCCGGUCCCGCCGUCAUCGACGCUCUUCUCGACUUUACCGACAACGUCAAGAACGACGAGGAUUCUAGCAGCAUUGUCUACUGGGCUUAUCUCCCCGCCCUUGCCGGCGGUACCAUCCUCAACGCCGCCAUCGAAAACACCAAAGCCAAGAUCAAGCCCCCUGCGUUCGACGGCUUCUACGCCAUCGAGGGACGUCAGCAGGACACCACCAAGGUUGACAAGAUGAGCACCGUCACCCUUGAGCUUGGCUCCGGUCAGCCCGCUGGCUUCCGCAACGUGUGGUUCACGAGCUCCUUCAAGACCAACGCCGAGAUCCUUAGCUACGCCGUUGAAAAGUUCAACAAGCUCAACGAGGACCUUGAGGCGCUCAUGCCCAGCGCCGACUCUGGCCUCAACACCCUCUGCAUGUUCCAGCCUAUUACAAAGUCCAUCGCCGAAAAGGGUGUCGCCAACGGUGGAAACGUCAUGGGUCUCGACAAGUAUACUGAGGACGGCAACGGUAUCAUGUUCCUCCUCACCUGGGCUGCCCACGGAGAGGACAACGAAAAGGCUGCCUUCCCUCUCCUUAAGGCCUACGUCGAUGACCUCGAGGCCAAGGCCAAGGAGCUCGAUGCCUGGUGGCCCUGGAAGUUCAUCAACUACGCCCAUCUUACCCAGGACCCCCUGUCGACUGUUGGCGCUGAGGCCCUGUCUAAGCUCCAGGCUGCUAGCAAGAAGUACGAUCCCCAGGGCGUCUUCCAGAAGCUGCGAGCUUCUGGCUUUAAGAUUCCUUUUUAA